CAUUCACGCUGUUACUCCUUCAGCUUCCAUACUUCUGAGUUCAACUUCGAACCCACCCACCAAUCAUUUGUUGCUCAAGUUCCCUAAUUGAAGGCAAAAGACAAAACCUUGCUCCAAUUCAAACACCACUAUUGAGGUCUUUAUUCUUUUCAUUUGCAAAAAAAAAUCACAUUUUUAUUUUGUUUCCCCCCAAUUUAUCACAAUUCAGUUUCAUUGCAGUUAAGCUUAAUUAGUUUUUUUUUUUUUGUAUCUAACUGAUUUUUUUUAAUUCUGGUUUGUGAUUGUUUUUUGUGUGUUUGCAUCAGAAGAACUUAUUUUUACCAAGCUGAAGUGUUUUAAGCAUAUUGAGAGAGAGAGAGAGAGAGAGUAGUUUCAGAUUAGUUAGUGUUUUGUGUUCAAAGUUUCAUGAGCAUAAGAUGGCCAAGAGUGUUGACACCAACCUACCUCUCUCAAAUUAUAAAAACCCAAAAGAAUCCAUUAAAGGCUCUUAACAUUUUCAAUGAAGCCAAAUCCAGGUACCCCAAUUACUACCACAAUGGUCCUGUUUAUGCCACCAUGAUCAGCAUCCUUGGAACAUCAGGGAGACUCAAUGAGAUGAGGGAUGUGAUUGAGCAGAUGAAAGAGGAUUCAUGUGAAUGCAAAGAUUCUGUUUUUGUGUCUGUUAUCAAGACAUAUGCGAAUGCCGGGCUGGUGGAUGAAGCAAUCUCUCUGUAUAAGAGUAUUCCUCGGUUUAACUGUGUGAAUUGGACAGAAUCCUUCAACACCAUGUUGCAGAUAAUGGUCAAGGAGAACCGGCUUGAAAUUGCACACCGGCUUUUUGUGGAGAGCUCUUGUGGUUGGGAAGUGAGGUCUCUGGUUCGAGCAUUGAACUUGCUUAUGUAUGCUCUUUGUCAAAAGAGUCGCUCUGAUCUGGCAUUGCAAUUAUUCCAAGAGAUGGAUUAUCAAAGUUGCUACCCUAAUAGGGAUAGUUAUGCAAUUUUGAUGAAGGGACUGUGCCAAGACAGGAGGUUGCAUGAGGCCACCCAUUUGUUGUAUUCAAUGUUUUGGAGGAUCUCACAGAAAGGAAAUGGUGAGGAUAUUGUGGUCUAUAGAACUCUUUUGGAUGCUUUAUGUGAUGCUGGAAAAUUUGAAGAAGCUGAAGAAAUUCUGGGUAAAAUUUUGAGGAAAGGACUGAAGGCUCCAAAGCGAUGCCAUAGCCGACUUGAUCUUGACCAGCUCUCGGAUGGUAAAGAUAUAGAAAGCGCUAAACGCAUGAUUCACGAAGCUUUGAUCAAGGGCUCAGUUCCUAGUUUGGCUAGUUAUAAUGCCAUGGCUGUUGAUCUGUACAGCGAGGGUAAGAUAGAUGAAGCUGAUAAAGUCAUCAUUGAAAUGCAAGUCAGAGGCUUUAAACCAACACAUUCUAUCUUUGAGGCAAAAGUAGCUGCAUUGUGCAAGGUUAGUAAAGUGGAUGAAGCAAUCAAGGUAAUUGAGGAGGACAUGGUGAAAGUCAACUGUCUACCAACUGCUAAAGUGUACAAUAUUCUCUUGAAAAACCUAUGCAAUGUUGGAAAUUCCACAGCCAUACUCGAGAGCUUGAACAAGAUGUCUAGCAAGGUCGGUUGCACAGGCGACAGAGAUACUUACAGCAUUUUGCUGGAAAUGCUUUGUGGUGAGAGAAGGUAUCUUGAGGCAAGCCAACUUCUGGAGAAAAUGUCAAUUAAAUCAUACUGGCCUUGUACCAACAGUUACAAUUCACUCAUUAGGGGUCUUUGCUCCAUAGGUAGGCAAUAUGAAGCAGUUAUGUGGUUGGAGGACAUGAUAAGUCAGGGGAAGCUUCCUGAAAUUUCUGUCUGGAAUUCAUUGGCAUCUUUAUUUUGUAACUCAGAAAAGAUAAAAGUGUCCUCUGAGACAUUUAGUCGCCUAAGAAGUUUGUGAUUACUAGAAUCCUGUACUACCAUUUUAUUUUUUUAAUUUACAUGCUUCUUUUUAAUAGCUUCAAAUACACCUUAGAGUGUUGAUUCUGACUUGGCCUUCCUAACUUGUUCAGCUACCAAGCCGGCAUUCACUUUUGUGGCCCAAAAUCCCUUUCCUACGCUUUGCAUGACCUAGGGUAUAAUAAGUUGCUUUAUAGUUUGGCAUUCUUUUUCUUCAGGGCAUUGAUUUGGUGAAUAAGACUCUACUAAUAUCUUUUUGGGGGGGUUAUUUUUUGUACCUUGGCUUUCUGUUGAUAGCUUCAGUGUUCUUCUAUUUGAUAAUGCUGCUAUAACUAUGGCUGCAACAUAAGAUAUUUUCUAUCAACAUGGAUUGAUUCCACCGAAACUGUAUAAGUAAAUGUAAUUCUUUUUCUUCAUUUUUGGGUCAUCUAAUAUAUAAAACAUUCAAGACCCCUUAUCAUGAAAUUACUAUUUGGAUGUAUAUAGUUUUUUAAAAUUUCCCAAGUUUUUUUAUGUUGUAUUUCAAGGGAAGACUUUAAUUGUAUCUGGUUUAGCUGAAUCAAAGAAAGAACAUGAAGUUGAACUGCUUAAUAAGCUGGAAGCUGGUAUAGAUGAGCUUGAACUGAUAGUAUAGGAUAGGAAUCAAGAUGCAGUUGCACCAAAACAGAAAGAGCUUCUUCAAUAUGUUGAAGGGUGAGUAUCUCAAUUAUUACUAAAUCACUUACAUAAACCACACAAAGACCUUAUCCUUCCAGAAAUGCGCCCUCUCGUUUUCCUGGCAAUAAAAAUCACUUUUUUUUCACUGUACCUUCAUAUUUGCUCUGCCCCUUUUGUUUCCCAGAAUCUUUCUUUUUUUAUAUUAUUCUUUGGUUUUUGCUCAUUUUGUUCUUCUUGUAUAUAAAUAAUCAGGGGAAAAGCUAGAACCUCAAAAGAGUGUGUCUUUUUAUUUUCUUUCAUAUUUUAUAUUUGUCUAUUUCAUUUGGUGUUCGUUAGCUACAACUUUAACACUAACACGUAUGUGACUGUGUAGGGCUACGAGUGAAAACAGUGAGGUUAUGCUGGCAGGGUGUCAUUAUCGUCAAGCUAAACACCUUCAGGAUAUGGGACAGAUGAGAAAGCGGUGCUAUUGGUAUUGGGACACAGGAAUGCUCAACAAAGGAAGGAAAUCAGAGAAACUUAUCGGCAGCUUUACAAUGAAUCGCUCAUUGAUCAUCUGAAUUCUGAAUUGUCUGGUUAUUUUAGAGUGUGUCAUGGUUUCUUCACUUGGUUGACUUUGUAUUUUCUUUUGCUUUUAAGAAAUUAUUCUUCAGCAUCGUGUUUCUUUGGCAAGUGAUAGAAUGAUAGAAAUCAACUGAAAUAAUGUCGUAAUUUUUAGUGAUUAUGCUAAUUUGUAAGUGUGGUUUUUCUUUGGAACCAAUUGGUCAAUUAUGCUGCUUAGCCUGUAGAUUCCCAACCAGCAUUGAUCAGUCAUGUGUUGAUUGGGUUCUAUUGUUGCCUACUCUGGAUUUCAUUUUUACAUUAAUUUAAUUCAUUAGUAUUUGAAUUUUCACCCUAUAGCCUGCUAUAGUGCUAUUAUAAUGAAAAAGUCAAGUUUGUGCAUGAAGAUAAACACACUUAUAAAAUGCAGAUUGCCAGCCAGGUUUUCAAACUUGUUCUUCCUAAUUGGUUGACUAUGCUUAAUUUGCUAAUGAAGAUAAUUAAACAAAAACAAUAAGGUGGUAAAACUUGCAACAUUGGCUUUUUAGUUGGACUUUUUUUUUUAUCUUAUUAAAUGUGCAUGGAGUAUUGGAUUGCAUUUUUUACUUUGUAGAUUUCUCGCUUACCUGAGUGCUUUUUCACUGUUUCAAGUUUUCCUCUAGUAGGGGAGGUUAAGGUCACAUAAGCUAUUUGUCUGCUGCCAUGGAUUGAUACUUUAAUUUUUCAAAAAGAAGAGAGAAAAUGAAUGAUAAAUGGGUUAUAUAUUCUAAGUUCAUCUAUCAAAUAUUUUAUACUUUGCUGUUAAUUCUACUGCCUAUAAAGGUUUUGGUUAAUUGUGUCAUUGUAGAGGUCCUAAUUUAUCAGCAGGGAUACAAGCUUGUAUGUCGGUGCAGAUUAAUGUGAUAAAACUGUGAUUUAGAUGCCUCUUUAUCUGUCAUUAAGAUGCCAAUUACAUAGCUCAACGAAAUUCAUCAUUCAAUCUUGCAUAACUUACAUAAGCUGCUAAAAUCCAGUUUAGUGUUUUUAUGCAUUUUUAUUGAUACAUCGAUUCAGCAUGCUUUAAUGAGCCAGGAAGAACUGUGUGGGAAGGAUUUGAUACUGGUACCAGAGCUGCUGCUGCUGGUGGUGUAACAACAGUGGUUGACAUGCCUCUGAACAAUCACCCUACAACUGUGUCUAAGGAAACACUGAAACUUAAGGUGAUUCGACAUUUGAUUCUUUUACCAAGGUCUGGGGUUCGACCCCCUUCUUGGAUAUGGACUGAUAACUGGAGGUAUAACUUUACCUCACAAAUGGACCGACCGAUUACACCUACUAGUUAUAAAAAAAAGUAAGUAAAAAGAAAAAGAAAACAUUGGGUGUCCAAACUUGCUUCCUUCUUUCUUGGGCUGAAAUGUGAAGCCCAAAAGCAUGAGCAGAAGCAGUGGGUGUCCAAACUAUUGGUGAAGUACCAAUUUUGCUGGCAAAGCCCCAAACAUACAUGAAUUUCAGUGGGGAAUCGGUUAGUUAGUUAGUUAGUUUUCACCAUACAGUAUGCAAUGAAUAGGUUUUCUAUUAGACACACACUUUAGUUUUCGACAGAGAGAUGCUUAUUGAAACUGAUUAUGGAUCAACUAUCUGAUUCAAUUCUGAUUUGAACAUGCUGAUGUUGAAAUUAUAUUAUUUAUUUCAUUAAAAAAGUUAUUACUUUUCUGCUACUGAUUUUAUCUCAUUCUUAAAGGUUGGGCCACUUGCUGCAUAUUAUCAAGUACCCUUUCGUCAUAUUCUACUAGUAUGUAUCUCUUACCUUACUCUUGUUUAGAAGCAGAUAGUGACAGUUUGCUCGCUCGUUGAUAAUUUCAUUUGGCCAUAAGUUUGUGGGAAUUUUUCAUAGGUUUUUGAUGAAACAAGCCUUCCAAAUGGUGUUUUAAGGCUUCAACCUAAAGGCGGACAUGGACAUCUCAACGAGUAAUGCUUGAUGUAUUCAUUAAGAUUUUUUAUAUAUAAGAACAAAACAUGAUUUCAAAAGUUGAAAUUGAUAGCUUAGCAGAGUUCACUUUGUGAAUAGUGAGACAGUAAUUAGACUUUUUAUAAAGUCGUUGACGUAAGACAGAUAUCAAGAUAUCAAAAAAGUUGAGUUUACAGGUUUAGGAUGCUUUAAUGGCAGCAUAAUAGAAAGCCCGUCGAAAAUUUCUUAACUCAUUGAUGAGGUGGUUUGUAGGAAUAGCUUUAUAACUAGUUGCUUCAACUCCAAAAAAGUUGAAUUCUUAUGUUUGAAUUUUAACUUGUGAGACUCUUGUUAUGUUCUCCAAGAUAAUGAUUUGAAUCUUACCAUUAGUAACAUAGCAUUGUAGUUUUUUUCUUUUAAAUUUUUUUUAAGAACUUUUACUCUUUUAAAAAAAAUUUAAGAACUUUUUACUUCAAUAUAGUUUAAUGGUGAAGAUUUGUUAUACAUUAUCUCAUCACAUAGAUGAUUUUAUGAAUAAGACACUAAAAUUGUCAUCCCAAUAUUAAAAACCUUGUUUUUAAAACACUUAUUUGGGAACUGGCACAUUUCUCUGUAGUGGUGUUACAUUGUUACAGAUUGAAAAAUGUAAUGGGCCAAUUGGAUGGUUGCAGUGCUUUUCCUCAACUUGCAGUCGGAAUUGGAAAUCCUCCUGGAACUAUGGAUUAAAGAGCUUAUCUUCUACAAAAAUUCAGUGUAGAGGAACGAAAGCAGGUUACAACUAGUCCUAUACCAAGCGUGAAUUGGUUUAGUUCUUUUAUAAUAGCAUACCAUUUUUCUGUUUAUACUAAUGGCAAAAUACAUUACAGUCUUGUGUUGUGACUGUGGAACUUACUUAUAGUUAAUAGAUGGAUCAAAACAAAUUUGGCAAAAAUUACAUAAUUGGAGAAUACAAGAGUAAUUUAGUUCCUUUACUGCA